GCCCCGCCAGCCAGCCAGCGUUGACACCGCAGCAGCAGGCAGCGCGAGCCCCCGGACUCCGUCUCUCUACCCCGCAACCAUGGGCAAAAGACAGGAGCAGAGGGGAGAGAGAGAAGUAUGUGAGCUCUCCACUGCAGUAUUGAUGACCCAAUGAUCCCCUGCAGAACAGAGCCAGUCAGGCAGACAGAGUGAGGCUCAACUCAGAAUCAAAAUCAGAAUCAGCGCCACAACCAUUCGGUUUUUGAAUCUUCUUGCCAGCUGUUAGAGGAGGACAGCAACAAAGACGAGAUACUCACUUGCAUACAGGAAAAACAUCCCUCUUUUUCCUGCCUCAGUACCAGCAAAACUGUCCACUGAAUGAGUGGCUUGUCGGAUCACCUACAUACAGGCCAAACUGGGGCUCCAGUGGGCUGUGGUGAGACUCAGGCAGAGGAGAAGGGGUGUGUGGAGGAGCUGGAAGGGCUGGAGGGGCCUGAGUUCUGGACCAGGGAGCUCGGGCUCCAGGGGGGGUUCCAGGACCCCUCUCACGAUGGACUGGCACUGGUGACGUCCGACCACAUCCCCCCCUCCUCUCCCUCUGCCCUGGCCAACGGCCUCCAUCUACAGAGGAGGCUGGGGCACAGCACCUGCCGGCGGAGGCAGACAGAGACUCACACUGCUGAGACACACACAUUUGCAGAGACACUUAGAAACAUGCAAACACACCUAGACCCAGAUGUGCAUGCACAGGCCUUUUCACACACACAUAUGGAUAUCAACGUGCAUACAGGUUCUGUAGUGCCAGAACUCUCCAAAACUCUCACAUCAGAGGCCAUGCACACAGCUUCCCCUCAGCCCUUGUCUCUGGUACUUGGUAAUCAUCCUGCCUCCACCAAUCAGCUGGCAGCCCCAGUCCGGACUACAGAGACAGACACACCCUCCCCCUUUUGUCCAGUCCCUGCAGUCCCAAACCCAAACGCAGACUCUUCUCCUCUUCCUGUGGAGACAGAAAAGAAGUAUGCACUGCGCAGCUCUGGACGUCCCCGCUUUCCUUGCCACCUGCGCAAAUCCUCCCGCCUCCGCCGAAGCAUAGAGGAUGGAGAAAAAAGGGCAGGGAGGGAGAAAGGAGGAGAGGAGGAAGACGAAGUAUUAGAGGAGAAGAUCUGGAGUGUUAAAGAGGAGGAGGUGGCCGUUGCAGAUAAAGAAGAGCAUUCAUCCGUGGAGGCUGUUCUCCCCACACCCACCUGUCAUACAGACAUUCCUCUUGCUCUAACUGUACCUAAACCUGUUCCUAAAGCUAUACCUAAACCUGGGCCCAGAUUAGGGCAUAGACCUGGACCUAAAUCCAGGUCUAGGCCUGGACCAAAAUCUGUCCAUAAAGCAGGUCCUAAAAGUGUAAUGAAACAGCGUCAGGCAGCCCAGGCCCUCCACCAGCGUGCUACCAGUCAUCUUGCAUUUGUGAAUACGUCCGCCAUUACUGCACCUCUGCUAACUGUGAAGGAGGAACCUGUUGCAGAUUUGGGGUUAUGUCCUCCCAAUAACCGCAGACGUGGUCGUUUUGUUGGCGUGAGGAAGAUUGUUGUCAAGGUGGCUCGCAUCCCUGUCAGCCUCAGUCGCCGGCAGAAGAGCUACAAAAUUUCUAAUUUGGAGACAGUCACAGGGACAGAGAAAGUUAAUGAUGGCACUGUGGAGGGCUCAGAGCCAGUUCGAGAGCCAACUGCACUUCUCCGUAUGAAGAACAAUGGAAAGAGUGUGAUGGUGAUGUUCCCUCCUGGAGAGCUCCCUGUGAUUCUGAAACGCAGGCGUGGACGACCUCCUAAACAGGCUGUGCCAGGAAUACAGGGAGAGCCUCCGAUUGCUGGGAACACUGGUGGUAGCGGAGACCAGCCUAAGAAGCCCCGGAGGCGGCGUCGGACUAAACUCCCUUUUCCUUAUCCGUCCUAUGUUAAUGACACAAAUGAUGUGAAAACAGAAUACGGGGAUGUUCUCUCCAAGCUGGCCUUUUUAAACCGACAGCCCCCUGCCACUGGCCGCUGCUCUCCCCCUCGCUGCUGGACACCUAGUGAGCCAGAAAGCUUUCACGCGCCCUUGGAAAACCCUGGCAUAUCCACCCUGCUCCAUCGGCUCACUGGGUUUAGACGCCCCCGGGGUGGCAGAGGAGGGGGUAUUGGAAGAGGUGGAGGAGCAGCAGGGGGGAUCGGGGGCAGUGAGUGCAAUAAAAGCACCUUCAGUGACUUCUUUGAAUCCAUUGGAAAAAAGCGGAAACUGAGCCCCCUGUCUGAGCAUGGAUUACCUAGGAAAAGGGGGAAGGGUGUGGGUGGAGUUGGUAGGGGAGGGGGUAUGGUAGGAACAGAGCCUGGGGGCGAGAAAGUCAAGAAGAGACGUGUGAGAAAAAAUGGUGCAUUUAAAGGGGGCGGGGUGUCCAUGGGGCAGGACUGGCCCAAUGGGGCAGGUGGCUGGGGGGAGGAUGGUGCUAUGGACAAGGAGAAAGGUUUAGGUGGUUACCAGCUCUGUGGAUCCCCGAGGGGGGGUUUUUCCUCCUGCGACAUGGGGAGAGGGGGUGCCUACAGCAGUUCAGGAGGAAGCAGAGGAGCGGGGCCAGCUGGGGAAGACUCACAAGGCCUUUUUGCUGGAUAUUUUCGAUCACUGCUCGACUCUGACGAUUCCUCUGACCUGUUGGACAUCUCCUCGCAGUCAGACCCCCGCAAAGCUUCAUCCACCCCUGGUUAUGAGCCAUCCAGCCCAGCUACCAGUCACAGCUGGUCUCCUGCGUUCCCUAAGUGGAGCACUAAGGGUGGAAGUUCUGGUGCGGAGGGUCCAGCCCAGGCGCAUGGCUCCUCAGCCAGGCCUCCAUACAGCUACGGCAGCCUGGCCCAAACAUCGCCCACCACUUCUACCUAUCCUAAAUCCACUCCUCCAUCUCUCUCACACUCUCCCAGCUCCCCACAUCCUGCCUCUUAUGGCCACUACUCCUCUGGCUACUCCUGCUCUUCUCCUGCAGUGCCACAGAGGUCCUCAGACUGCAGCUUUGCCUAUGGGUCUGGUCACAGCAGUGGAAAGGGCACACCUAUUGGUCAGAUGGGUUAUUCUAGCUAUCAGGCAUCAGCCAAGCGGGGCUUUAGUGGAUACCCUGGAGCAAGGGGGGAGUCAACAGGACCCACAUCACCUGGAGGCGGGUUCAUGUCUGUGGCCAAAAGUAGCCCCUUCAGUUCCUCCUCCCCAGAGGGCUACAAACAGUUCUCUAAUCAGUGGAGCUACAGACAUGGCUAUGGUGGCUGGUCAACAGACAGCUUCGGGCCUCAGUAUCAUGGCUAUGGUGAAUACGGCUCCAAUGAAUCCAAAGACAUCUUGGAUAUCUCAAACUACACCCCCCAGAAGGCCAAGCGACAGCCGUUUCCUGAAAGUUUAUCAGAAUCCUCUUCUGACUCUUCACAUCUUGGCUCUGCAGCUACUGGUAGUGGUCUUGGCUCCACAGGUGGCACAUACAAACAGAAUGAGGUUGUUUCUGCCCCUGGAGAGGGAGGUCAGUCAAGUCUGUCCAGUCUGGAGAAACUGAUGAUGGACUGGCAUGAGAGUGCCUCUGGACCUUCAUAUAACUGGAGCCAGAACGUCCUGUUCCAGGGUGGGGGAACCAGCAAACCCGGCCGUGGUCGUAGAAAACGGACUGAACCACAACUCGACAAAGAUGGGGGUUCUGCUUUACAUUCUGAUUCCCCAUCCAGUCCUUCCCCAACACCUACUCCUGGACCAAAGCGGGGAGGGGUUGGAGGACGGGGCAGAGGGUCUAGAGGGGGCAGAGGAGGUCUGUCUCCCUGUCAGAGAGAGCGACCAUCGGGGUCCAAAGGCAGAGGCAAGGCUGCCGCUGCCUCAGUCGUGGGACUUGUGUCUGCUGGAGGUCCAGACGGGUCUGGGCUGUUCCAGGAGGGGCUGGAUUAUUACAGCGGAGACAGUAGCAGCCUCUCUCCCCUGGCCACACCUAAUCCUGCACCGCCUUCCAGCUACCUCCAGGACCCCUGUGAGUACCCCUCCCCAUAUUCUGCCCACCCUUCCACACCUUCUUCAGAGGAGCGAUAUCCAGCCUUAUACCCUGGAGAGUCCUCCUCUUCCCUCUCGCCCAGUGUCUCAUCUCCCCCUUACCCCCCUAAGCCCACCCCUCCACCGCCCCAGUCGUACCACCUCCUCCCCUCCAGGACCUUCUCCCCCUCCUGCUCCCCCUCACCACGGUUAACACCCCACUGCGGCACUGCACUGAGUCCCUCGCACCGUCCUCCUCCAAAAGACCCCCAGUUUUCACAGUAUGACUCCCCCAGCUACUGCAGCUCCCCCUACUGGUAUGGACAGACGUCGCACAGCGGCAGCCCCAGCCCGCACUCCCACAGCACGCACUCAAACACAGCCAUGCACGCGCACAGCAACCCGCACACGAGUCCUCAUGGAAACACUCAUGGGAAUUCCCUCACUAGCCCCAGCGCAAACACACACAUGACCCCGACUCCCCACGACACACAUCCUCAUAACACGCAGCCCCACGCAAACCUGAGCUCACACACCAACACACUUCCCUCCUCACACCUCCAGAGCAACCCCCUCUCCCACUCAAACCCCCACACCAACAACCAGCCCCUCCACAACGCACACACCACCCUCAACACCCACCUCCCGUCCCACACGCACACCAACCCCAGCCCCAGCCUCCACUCCCACUCGACGCCUGUGCUUUACGAGGAACGCAGCCCUCCCUCCGCCAUGACCCACCACAAGCAGGGUCUGACCCCCCACGCCAUGAGCACAGGCCACCGCCAGGGCCCCUUGCCUCACUCCCCCUACCCCAAACCUCCCCUGGACUCCUCGCCCCAUCAGGAGGACACUAGUGGCUACUCCCUGCCCCAGCAAUCCUACCAGGGCAUGGGACUCCGCUACCCCUCCCAGGCGGCUCAGGGCAGUGGGGUGCUGUGCCAGCUCCUGGACCCAGCCAGUGAUGACAGCUUCAGCGUCACCAGCCUGUAACAGCAGGUGCAUUCAAUCCAAGCUUUUACAGAUUUGCAAACAUUUCUUUUCUUUUCUUUUUUUUUUUUCUUUUCUAAGGGGACUUCUUUGUGAGAGACUGUGAAAUGAAGGGUGAGAAUUUAGCUGCCAGCUUUGGACAGUAAAGCUUUAAUUCUCCAGCAUUGACAAUCAAGAUCAACCGCAACUUAAAUACCCAAGCAUGCACAUACACAAAUGCACACACACACAGAAA